CGUGGGCGGGGCGCGGGCGGUGAUUGACAGCCGCGCAGUCUCCGCGCGGUCGCCAUUGUGCUGCAGGGAGCGGCGGUGGCCGUGGCGUGUCAGCCGGUGGGGCGGCCCGGCUGGGCCCUUCGGGGGAUCCUCCGCUCCUGCGUGUCGGCGUCGUGAGGGCUGUGCCGCGGCAGUCCCUGCUGCUUAAAGAAAAACUAAGCGUGUCCUUAUGCAGGAUGCAAAGAAUGGAGUCAAAACCCUCAAGAAUUCCUCGAAGGAUAUCUGUUCCGGCCUCCAGCUCUCCACUAGGAUCUAGAGCAUUGACUGGAAACAGUUUAGCUGGUGCAUAUAGUGCAAGAGAAUCUUCACGGAGAUUAGAAUCUGGAUACCAGAUCAGACAAGAUGCAUAUGAUAAGCAUGUUGUUCUUCAGGAGUCCGGUGUGUUGAAUAGUUCCAGUAGAGACUGGGGAAUUGGAGAAGGAGACACCCACGAAACUCCUUGGAAGCUUACAACGUCCUCUCCAACUCGCUACUCAGGGACACUUGAUCAUCCACAUGCUGGAAGAUUUUUGGGAAGCAGAAGCAGACUGUCUACGUCGUCUUCCUCUCAUUUUACAUCUCUGUGUUAUGGUGAGUCUGAGAGAACUCAGGGAGCAUACUCAAGACUGCACAGCCAGCAGCGAGAUAGCGAUUCAAAGAGACCGAAGCUGUCUUGUACAUCUACCUCUUCCGUGAGAAAUAAUGGCUUGACUGCCUUUUCAGAUUCCUCUUGGAGGUACAGUAGGAUUCCUAGAUCUUCUUCAGUGAUGCUUGGCUCCCUUGGAACUGAGCUGGUGAGAGAGCGAAGAGAGUUAGAAAGAAGAACAGAUCUGUCUGUUAAUAACCUGGUGGAUCACAGCUACAGAAACAGUGACUUUUCAUCUUCAACGUAUCUUCAAGACAGACCUGCCUCUUCGUAUGCGGAGGGAGCAAGACCAAAAGAGAGCUCAUUAAGCACUUUGAGGCUGAAUGCAUCCAUGAACCGCCAGUUGCCUUCUGAUCAUCAGCCAUCCUUUUUCAACAGAGACUCUAACAUGAGCUCUUCAAGAUCCAGCUAUUCUUCAAGACAAAGGAGAAAUGAAUUUGAAUCUCCCCAGAGGACCAUGCAGCCAGCAUUUUCUCUUACUGCCAUUAGAGACGAAACUCCUUCCUCCAGUGGUUCUGAAAGGGUUUUAUCUUCUCGGAGGCCAUUGAACGAGCCUGCAGCCGACAGCGAAGGGAGGCGCACAACCAGACAGCUGCUGUCUCGUUUAGCAUCUACUAUGUCAUCCACAUUUUUCUCUCGACGCUCUAGCCAAGACUCAUUGCACACAAGAUCAUUAAGCUCUGAAGAGUCAACAGUAGUCCCAAGAGUUCAGGCUUCUACCUUAUCAAGUAGUAGUGGAGCUGUGACUCCAGAUGUUCCAGGACUUCAGACAUCUGAAGCUUCUCAGGGAUUUAGUUUUCUUAGACGAAGGUGGGGUUUAUCAGGAGUUUCACAAAAUCAUAACUCUGAUUCAGAUGGGGAAAGUUACAGACCAGACUCUGAAAGCAGGAGCACAGGAUCCUGGUUGUCAUCAUCUUUGAGGAACAGAUGUACGCCUCUCUUUUCCAGAAGAAGAAGAGAAGGAAGAGAUGAGUCUGCAAGGAUCUCUACCUCCGAUACAGCUGCUAGGUCACAACAUGUCUUCAGAAGAAGAGAGCCAGGUGAGGAGACCUCUCUUGAAGCAUCAGAUAGCUCUCCUCGGGCUUCUGUUAGCAGAUCACCAACGCCUGCAGUAUCUGGUGUUCCUACAGCUACUGCCUCCCCACCGGACUCGGCCCACAGCAGGAGAAGUUCUGGAAUUCUGCCUGGUUCUCUCUUUCGCUUUGCAGUGCCUCCAGCAUUAGGAAGCAGUCUGUCUGACAAUCUUAUGAUAACUGUAGAUAUUAUUCCCUCUGGCUGGAAUCAGUCUGAUGGACAAGAAAGUGGCAAGUCUAGAGUACCACCUUCAAGAGAUCCAGAAAGGCUCCAGAAAAUUAAAGAGAGCCUGCUUUUAGAAGAUUCUGAAGAUGAAGAAGGUGACCUAUGCAGAAUCUGUCAGAUGUCCUCUGCAAGUUCUGACAACCUUUUAAUAGAGCCAUGCAAAUGCACUGGAAGUCUGCAGUAUGUUCACCAGGAGUGCAUGAAGAAGUGGCUGCAGUCAAAGAUUAAUUCAGGUUCUUCUUUGGAAGCAGUAACAACGUGUGAGCUGUGCAAGGAGAAGCUGCACCUGAAUCUGGAAGACUUUGACAUUCAUGAGCUCUAUAGGGCACAUGCUAAUGAACAAGCAGACUAUGAACUCAUCAGCUCCGGUCUCUACCUUGUAGUGUUGUUACACUUGUGUGAGCAGCGCUUUUCUGAUAUGCUGGGAACUGCCAGUGAGGCCAGCACACGUGUCAGAUUUAUUAACCUUGCAAGAACUCUUCAGGCACAUAUGGAAGAUAUUGAAAGUAGGUGCUUCCCCUCUUCCCCUCCCCUCCCAUUAGGGCAACUCAAAAUUAAAUGAGUACAAUCCUCCUUGCCAAGAUUCAUAAUACUGAACUUAAUUACUGAAAAUUUGACUUUACCCAGCAGUCCUUUUUCCAUUAUCAGUAGCAUUAUUGCAAGAGGGAACUGGUUUUAAUUCUCCAUGAUUAAUUUCCCAACAGCAUAGAUUUGUUUAGACCACAGAAGUGUUUUCUGCAAGUGAUGACGAGAUUCAUGACUAGUUACAGCUUGGUUAUUUGAAUUCUAGCAAUAUGAAGUUAUGGAAUUGGUGGUGACCUUCAGCUUGUAGCCUUUUACAUGAGUCCUAGCAGGAAAGAAACAUUUGAAGUUGAAUUGCACUUCAGUUAUCCUAUUUCUCCUGCCAUUUCGUCUUCUCCCCUUUGUUUUUUUUUGCCAUGUUUUCUACCACCUGCUUCUUUUUUUCCUAUCCACACACUUUUCAGUUGUGUGCAUCACUUGAUCAGACCGUGCACUUCAGGCAUGGAAUUGAACAGUUGCCGGCUGUGGCAGAGGACCACCCUGCUCUUCACCUAGCGGCUUCUUCAGUGUGCUUGAAUGAAAAACUGAGUGCUGACUUGUGGUGCGUGUACCCAGGAUCUCAGGCACUAGGUGAACAGGCAGUGGAAGGGUACUUGAUCUGCCUUUUUUGGUUUUCCUUCUAAUGUGCAUGUGAAUGUCAACGUUCCAAGUUUGUAUAUGAAUUUUCAGUGCAUGGGACGCAUUUGGAGUACGGUAAGGAAUGGUGUGGGUGUGUAAGUUUUAGUUCAAGGAGCAGAUGAUUAUUUUUACAUUCAUGGCAGCCAAAGGUAGACUUGAGUUUAGAAUUUAUUCCUAAAUUAUGUGCAUCCUUUUAGAGUAAAAAAUCUGUAUUUGAUUCAGUCUUUAUCUGACUUGCAGAUGAGGAAUACUGAGUUUUAGAUUUAUUAUAGAUACUAUUUUGUUCACAUUUCUCUUUGAAGAACCGGAGAAGUGAGGAGACAGACCUUGCUGCUUUCUGUGUUCAGAGAUGGAACAGGUUACUCAAGUGGAAAUACUUUAUUGACUGCAGAGUUUGCUUAAGAGGACAGAUUAAAUUCCUGUUACAGACAGGCUAAUGCUUUGCAGACUUAUUCUAGUUGUCUGUACUGACAUUAUUUAGUUGACAAGGAUGUAUUUUUCUUUUAGUUCACCUUGUGACAGUAAAAUCCUAUGCAUAUGUGGGCUUUAUGUUCCUUCUGCAUAUGUUGAAAGAAUGAGGGUGGAGAGAGGAGCUUCUUCCAAGUAGGCCUGGCUUUACUGCAUUAAGCAACGUAUAUAUGAGAAUUUAGGAGUCUCUCUGUAGUUUAGUCUGCUGAACAUUUCUAGAUAUUUUAGUAUCCGAAUUGUUAACUUUGUGAGCCGUUUCUUUCCCUGUGCUGGGUGCUGCUGUCAUGGACUGGAUAUACUCUCCUCUGACUACUGUUGGAAUUAGCUGCUGUAAACACUACAUAGAAGUUGAAUCUCUGGCGUAAUUAAGUUUUCUUCCUUUUAUGUUGAGGAAGGACAGCAGGAGGAGACUGCAUUUUGUAAUGUUGAGUUUUGAUUUGAAAACGCCAUAUUUUUCAGACAUGAGAUGCAUUUAAAAAUUAAUUACACAGGGUUUGGGCAAGUAUUACAAUGUGCUGUUUAACAUUAUAAAACUACUUGUAUUUCCUCUGCUGAUCUUAAAGUGCUCUAAUUUCACAGACCUUUGUCAAGGCUGCUGAUUAUACUGUGUUGUUCAACAGUUUCUGAGGAUGAUUCUGAAGACUGAUGCCGGCAGAACUUUGAUACUGCAAGAGACAAGUGGAAUUGCUGCAGAAAUGCUGAACUGGCAAGAACAACAUCAAAAUACGUUUGUUUUUUUUCCUCUCCUUAGUAAAAAGUGCAUUGAUAUUACUGUAGUAUCUGAAGCGUUGUUGAAUUCAAAAUCAACUGCUGCACAGCGGAACUCAGCGGACUUGAGAACUACUCAGCUUGUGUGAGGAUUAGAGAUAUAUAAAGCAACUUGGCUUUUUAAA